AGCAAAACCACUAUUUUUGACCCUCUAUUCUUCUUUAAGCUACAGAGAUGUGCAACUUACUAUUUUCAAAUGCAUUUCCUGCAAAAACAAGAUUUAUUUUCUUACUUCAGGUAAAAAUGGCUUGUCAACUGCUAUGCGUACUUCUUGUUCUAUUUGCAAUCAUAUCGACUGGAGAGGGAAAUCAAAAUGCAGGCAAAGUAUGCAACCCUGUUGACCUAAAAGGUCUAACUUGUUUCAAGGCUGCAAUUCAUCUUGAUACUUCUGGCCGGCUAGCGAAAUGGGUUGGUGUUAGUUGCUGCAAUUGGGAAGGUAUUCGCUGCAAUAAUCAAACUGGUAGAGUAACAGAAAUCCAUCUUUCAGGAUUCAUUUCGACUGAUGAUUUUUUCUUCCAAUCCGAGAUGAGAGGAUUUCUGUCUCCUUCUAUAACAUAUCUCAACUCUCUCCAAGUCAUUGAUCUCGGUGGCCUAAUAGGACUUGCGGGAAGGAUCCCAACAGCAAUAGGCUUUCGCCUUCCAAAUCUCCGAAAGCUAUACUUAUAUGGCAACAGGCUCAGUGGAUCAGUACCAGAUAGUAUUGGUAAGCUGUCGAAACUUGAAGAACUUCACCUGCAUGAGAAUAGAUUGUCCGGUUCUCUUCCUUCGAGCCUUGGUAAUCUAAAAAAUCUAAAUCAAUUGCUUCUAUAUUCAAAUCAAUUUACUGGUAUGAUACCUGAUUCACUCACAAAUUUAACAAAUCUGAUGCAACUGGAUGUCCACAGCAAUUCUUUAACUGGUUGCAUACCAGACAAGGUUGGUGGAAUGCAGGCGAUGGAGAAGCUCGACCUUUCGGAUAAUCUAUUAAGAGGAAAAAUCCCACUUUCAUUAACAACUUUGAAUGCUAUAUCAGAGUUGUAUUUGGAUUCAAAUUAUCUUGAGGGAGAAAUCCCAUUUCCAGCGAGUUCUGGUCAAAUGUAUUCUCUCGGUUUCCUCAGACUGAAUAAUAAUCUUCUCACUGGUAGAAUACCUCGAAGCUUCGGAUAUUUGGUUUCUCUGCAAAGAGUUUCCCUAGCAAAUAACAAGAUUGAAGGAACAAUUCCUUCCAGCUUGGGGAAUCUAUCAGCUUUAACAGAGUUUUAUAUCAGCAACAACCUUCUUUCUGGGCAGAUACCAAAAUCAAUCUCUCAACUUUCUCGUUUAAUUAUCUUAAACGUCUCUCAUAAUUUGAUUCAAGGGCCAUUACCUUAUGAGAUUUCUUCUCUCAAAAAUCUUCAAACUAUCGAUUUGUCAUUUAACCGUUUGAACUUAAUCUCCUUUCCAAAGUUUUUAGCCGAAAUGUCAUCGCUUUCCAAGAUAUAUUUAGCUGGAUGUGGAAUUCAAGGAGAAAUUCCAGAGUUCUUGCGAGCAACACCAAGUUCAUUACAAGAGCUAGACUUAUCAGCUAACCGUCUCACAGGAAGCUUGCCAGCAUGGCUUGGAAGCUUGAAUCAGCUCUACUUGUUGAAUCUCUCAAGGAAUAUUCUUGUUUCGAGAAUCCCUGAUUCAGUUACGAACUUGCAGCAUUUGGGGGUGUUGGAUCUCCACUCAAACAAGUUAACAGGAAUUAUAAGUGAAGUUUUUGAUAUAGGAAAUGCAUUUCCUGAUGGUUCAAUGACAUAUGUAGACCUUUCUGAUAAUAACUUCUCAGGCGGCAUUGAACAAAUUGGAGUAGGAGCUCAAUCUGAGAUGAACUAUCUCAAUUUGUCACAUAAUUUUUUACAUGGUAGGGUUCCAACAUCCAUAGGAGGAUUGAAAUUACUUCAGACUUUGGAUUUGAGCUAUAAUAAGUUAGGCUUCAACUUGCCAGAGACUUUAGCCAAUUUGAGCUCAUUAGAAAGGUUAAAGCUGCAGAAAAACCAUUUCACAGGAAAAAUACCAGCUGGGUUUCUGAAGCUGAGAAAACUCAAGGAGCUGAACUUAUCAGAUAAUCUUUUGGAGGGACAAAUUCCGAUGGGUAAACCUCUGAUCGAGUUCCCAUGGAGCUCUUACUCUGGAAACAAAGGUUUAUGUGGGAAACCUCUUACUCCCUGUAAGGCUUAAAGUUGCAGAUACUUAGGUGAAAACUCAGAUAGGACUAGUGUUUUGCAAUGAUUCUGCUCAAUUAAAAAAGUUACAUUAUUUAUUUUAUAA